CUGCCGUCCCCAGCUCGGACCUCCCCACCGCCCCAGGCGCCCGCAGCCCCUCUCUAACAGGUGGCUCGGUGCCUGCCCGCUCCCCGGCGGCUCCCGUUCCUCUCUCCUUCUCCUCGCCGCCGCCUAACAGGUGGUGGUGCCGGCGAGCCUUCCUCCGUACAGCGGGCAUGGGGAACCAGGUGGAGAAGCUGACCCAUCUCAACUACAAGGAAGUUCCCACGGCCGACCCGACAGGUAUGGACAGAGAUGAAGGGCCCAGGAUCGGGGUCUCCUACAUCUUUUCGAAUGACGAUGAUGAGCUGGAGCAGCAGCAGGAUUCCGUGCAUGACCUGGGGGGUGAGAACCCUGCCCUGCAGCCCUACGAUCCCCAGCUGCACGAGGUGGAGUGCUCAGUCUAUUACCGGGAUGAGUGUAUUUACCAGAAGAGCUUCUCAGAGGAGGACGCGCAGCUAGAGGAGGGUGAUGAAGGAGGUGGGGGGCAUCUGAGCACCUACACCCCGGAGAACCUGUUGAAUAGGUGUAAGCCGGGUGACCUGGUGGAGUUUGUGUGCCAAGCCCAGUACCCGCACUGGGUGGUUUAUGUCGGGGAUUUUCAAGUUGUGCACCUGCAUCGGCUGGAGGUGGUGAACAGCUUCCUCACCGACGCCAGCCAGGGCAGACGGGGCCGCAUUGCCAACCAGCUGUACCGCUACAAAGCCCUCAGCCCGGCCGCGGUGGUGCGCAAUGCCCUGGAGCAGGUGGGUUGCAAGGAUCGGGACUUGAGCUGGAGAAACUCUGAGUGUUUUGCUGCCUGGUGCCGAUACGGCAAGCGAGAGUUUAAAAUCGGCGGGGAGCUGCGCAUAGGCAAGCAGCCCUACCGAUUGCAGAUCCGGCUGGGUGACAAGCGCAGCCACACGCUGGAGUUUCAGAGCCUGGAGGAUCUGAUCAUGGAGAAGAGGAGAAAUGACCAGAUUGGUAGGGCUGCUGUGAUCCAGGAGCUCUCCAGCCACCUGCAGGCUGCCGAGGAGGACGAAGAGGAGGAGGAAGACCAUCAUCAUCCAGGUUCUCAGACCGCUGUGGAGUAGCAGCCUCAGCACCACCAUUCUGCUUAGCCUGGGUGAUGGGGAUUAAAACUGAAGGCUGCGAAAUUGAGCUGUUAUAAGCCCUUUGGGCUGCUUCGGUGCAGCUUCAUUCCAAUCACAUGUGAAAGGAAGGGGGAAAGCUGAUUAAGUGUCUGUGCUUUAGUGCUUAACUCCUUCAGUGCUUGAUGAUAAAACCCCUGACUUAUUUGUAAAGGAUAAAACUCAGGGCAAUUCUACCCCUCUCCUCUCUCACUUCUUCCCCUUCCUGUCUGCCGUGUUCGCACAUAGCCUUUUCCUCAACCAUCUGCCAAUAGGCCUGACCCUACAAGAUGCUAAAUGCCUUUGACGUCUACUUAUCAUUACAAGUUAAUAGUAUUUAAUACCAUUAGGAAGUAGCCAGCAACUUCCAGGACAUGACCAUGUAGCUCUGAGCAUGAGGAUGUUGUUUUCCCUUCUCUGCUACUGUCUCUCUUUAGCUGUGGCUUCUGUUGGUAUUGCAAGGAGCUGCUUCUCGCCUGGUUCCAGGCUUCGUGGGUUCGGUAACCAGUUCCCCAGAAGGUGUAAGGCAGAAAUCUCCACUGAGUUUAAUGAAAUGGGUUUGAUGUGCCUGGUACCUUCUUAAUUGGUACUUGGUUGCAGGUGAGCUGGGGGACCUUCUCCUUUGCCAUCAGCAUGUGGCUUUGGGGACAGUAGAUGUAUUUAUUGCUGACAAGUCGCAGAGAAGGAAGUUUGCCACCCAGUUACACUCUGCUCACCGGUGUGUGUUGGGACUCCUACAGGCAGAUGUGAGCUGAGCUGUGGUCAGGGCUCCUUACAGGCUGCCUUGACUUCUAAUGCAAAUGGCAGAGCUCCUGAUUCUGCCUGUGAUACACACAGAGGCAGUAGAAGCAGGUUGCUUAUGUGUAAGAGUAUGUCUUGAGUAAGCUGUCCCCAAAGAGGGUGAGGUGACCUCUUGGCUGGGCAUUUCUGGCUGUGAGUGUGCCACAGGUUCUGCACCACAGUGAACACGGCUGUGAUGUAAGGUGAGGGAAGGGAGCACAGGCUGGAAGACAUUACAGGCAGGGGGGUUUGGGUGUUCCAAAGCAGUUUCCUCUUCACUAGGGAUCUCACGUUUCCUGGGUUUUUUUUUGCUAAUUUCUCUGGUAUGCAGCUGAGCUAUAGCAUUAGAAGAGAGGCCAUGCCUCCAAAGUUGUGCAAGUCCCUCAGGAAGGGGGAAUGCAGUGCUGCUUGCCCUGAAUAUUCCCUGAACUUUUAUUCAGCUGUUGAACUGAUCUCCCACACAGGCAGCACUGUCAGAUCUUUGUCCUAGGAUCUGGGGUGUGUAAACAAGUACUGAAUUUGGGGGCAGUUUCUAAUUCAAAAUUCCUUCCCCUUAAAACCCAAUAUGAUCAUGUGAGCUUGAAGAUAAGCUUCAGUACACUUAAAUAAUAGAGACUAACAGUGUGAUGUAAACUUGAAGCAAAACCAAUAUGGUCUUCCCUGAAGUUGUUUACAGUUAUACCACAAAUAGCAAAGUACUCCAUGUCCUUUCCGCCCCUGUGACAGGAGCAAAGUUUGUUAUUUAAGAAUAGGUAGAUUCAAGCUUUUGAUUAGUUUAUAUGAAGCAACUUCGCCAAUUUGAGCCAAGUGGAUUGUGGUGUCAUGUUUUCUGCCCAAAAUAUACAAGCUAGGAUUUGGCCCAUGAAACACUCAAAUCCAGGGGAGAGUUUAACACCAAGCUCCCUUAGAAUGCUAUAGCUCGGGUGCCUACACUGUUGUUUUUUUCACCAAUAUGCAAUUGAGUUAUACUCAGGUUACUGUGGUUGUUGAGCAGAUGUCUAACCUUGUUUUGAAAGUAUAUCUACCCAUAUCUAACUGUGAUAGGGUUAAUAUAUGAAUGUCUGUGCACAGGUUUUAUACAACUACUAGUAACUACUAAAAGCUGAAAUGUUCACUGAGAUGGUCUGACAAAGAGUGAAGCAGAGUCUCUCUGUUGUACUUCUGACUUGUACGAGACAACAGAUUAUCUAGACCAUGAGCAAAUGUCUAGCUGUGGUUUCUUUCAUACUGAAACCUUGUACAUAACAAAGUUUAUUUCACUGUGUAAUAUAGCUAUGUAAAAUAAUAUUUUCCUAGAGAUAUUUUUGGAAGUUUAAAAAAACCCUUCAUAACCUUGCAUUUGAAAGUAAAUUGUUAAUGCGCGUUAUUUUCCAGUCCUCUGAAUGGGUUUAUUUUUCAUUCAUGAUCUAAAGUAUAUUCUAGGUCAUAAAGUAUAGAAACUCCUAUAAAUGUCAAAUACUAUGUAUCUACAGGGUACUAAACAGUAAACUAGUUGUGAAAAUAUUUUUCCCUUGUGUCUGAAACAUCAGAACUAGGACACUUAGCCAUUUCUCUCCUUCUGAGAUAUCCUGAAUAGUCUGGCUUUGUUUUCUAUUGUUUUUUCUUUUGUUUUAAUUAAAAAAAAGGACCAAAUCUGCUUGGGAACGCAGAGCAAAGCUUCUUUGACCAACUGAAAUCUUGUCUUGUGCUGGUCUUGGUGCUUCUCUGUACCGGUCAUGCCUUUUGGGAUAAAUUCCCCCACAGGCACAAGGCCUUAGCAAAGAAUUCCAGAGCUUGCAGUGCUUUGCUAG